AUGCCCCCGCAGAAGAGGAGCAUCCGGGACUUCUUUGCGCCCGCUCCGAAGCCCUCGCAGCCGAACCACAGCUCCACACCUAGAUCAACAGAGCCCGCGAAAUCGGCCACUCCCACCCUCUACACCUCCCAUACGAUCCGCGUGAAUAGGACUCCUCCAACGACUAGCCCAGAGCCUCGGCCACCCAGCACAUCGCAGUCGUCAGCGAACUCGGCAGGUACAAGCAAGAGGGUCGUCUCCAAUGGGGAAGAAGUGGUUCGGAAUUCGGAUUCCGAAACCGAUUCGCUGCCUGAGCUGGACUGGGGCGAUUCCUCCAACAACCUCAAAACAACCAGUCGGGCUACCAUGGCUAAGCCAAGGGAACGGACCGCACAGGAUGGCCUGCGCAAACCGCCCAAGAAACCCAGGGAUGGAAAGUCGUUCAGCCUCUUCGUGCAGGCAGCACAGAAGAGUGCCGAGGCGGAACGAAAGAUAGCAGAGGUGAAAGCUGAUCUCGACAAGCCGUUAGAGACGACACCGCCGCCAGAUUUCGGUAUCAGCGAAGAGGCACUGGCUGAUGCUGUGCAUGACGAUGACGAUCCCGACAAAGCGAAGCGGCUGUAUCUUGCUAUGCAAAGGACCAAUGCCCUGCAGAUGGAUUGCGUUUUUCAUUUCUUUCGCGAGAAUUUGGAGGAUUCGGAGGGCAGCCAUGCCAAAGAAGCAACUUUCCCCACGGACAAGCUGCCGAAGCAUCGCUGGACCACGAGUUUUGCAGCUCAGCCGGCCAGAGAUCAGGCAUUCUUGACUGGCUUUGCUCAGCAGGUCUUUCGAUACCAGCAAUUGCCGGAAGAGCUGGCAUCCUGGAUGAUCGAUCAAAUCUGUAUUGGUCGAAGCGACGCACUCAAUGCCAAAUACAUACAGCUUCUCGCCGCUCACGAUGACUACCUUAAGCAUCUCCUCGAUAUAUCGAGGCUAGAUAACAUCUUCAGGUCCAUCGGCGCCAACCAGCAACUAAAUUCCGACCUCCCGGUUACUCCCUCAUAUGUGCCUCAUCCGGCGAAAAGAAGACCAUUGCCAGAUUCCCUGAAGUCAGUGGCCAGGCUUCUGCAGGCGGCUGCUCCAAGGCUGCUGACGACAAGACAUGCGCUCUACGUAUUGUUUCUUCUUUGUAUGGAUAAUAGUGUAGCAGCUGAUCUCGACACUCUACAUGCUGUUCAAGAUGCUAUAGAAGCAAUCAUGUGUAACAUACCCGAGAAAAAUCCUCUCAAGCCCGUGUUAGAGGGCGUUGUUCCAAGGCUUCUCGCGCGCAUUACCCAUCCUAUUCUACAAAAGAAUCUCGUCUGGUCACUUCCGUCAAAGUCUCCGUUGACGGCAUACUUCCAGCGGCAUCUGGCACUGGCAUUCCUCCUACAUCCGAUGUCACUUGACGUCCCUCUCUCGAGCCCAAAGCUCACGCAGCUCAUCCAUUCAUAUCUCCAGGACUCGCCCGAUUUCCACAUCACAAAGGAGACCGAUUACAUGUCUCUCGCAGCUCGCCUCGCGCUGCUCGACAUCGCCAUAGGUCCAGGCCCUGGGACAGUGCCUCAUCAGCCGCUGAUCAGUCCACCGACUUCUCAAGAAGGCUCUUCACAAGUAACGCCACCAGAACCACCUCCCUCUGAUGUGAAGGCUUUCAACAAGGAGGUCGAUGCGCUCGCACAGCACAUCAAACUGCUCAGUAACUCGAUCCAUGAAUCCGGCGCGUUGAGCGACCUGACAAGGCUGGAUGCGAAGGACUGCAGUGAGAGGCUAUACCACCGACUGGAGAAUGCCGUGAGGAUAGGCGGGAAGAAGGUCAAAGAUCCAUUUGGAGAUGAGAACGCGUCGGAACAGGGCAAGAAAAUCUUCGCGAAUUGGUUGACGAAGAGUCAAAGCGGGACUCAGACGCCCGUCCUCAAUGGUGGGGCUAACGAAGUGGACGCUGAAGAGGGUGGGGAAGAUCUGAUGGAGAAUUAA